AUGACUCCCCCACUCUCUUAUCCUGCACUAAAAUCUGUAUUGGAGUAUGUGGUGGUUGAAAAACGAAUCCACCUCACAUCCCGAAGCAAAUUCCUUCAACGAAUCGAUAAGACAAUACCUGUCUACGCGAAAUCUAUUCGUGCAUGGGGAGACAAUGUGAAACUAAACAGUUUGUUAUUCACAGGGAAAAAUAAUUAUCACCGAGCGGAAGAUGAGAUGAAUGGAAUGUUAUUGAUAAGUUAUUUAAGAGGAAGAUCAAGUAUCAAUGUGAAUUUGGCUGUCUUCUCCACAGUCAACACUUCUCAAGAUAUUCCUGUGAAACUUGACUUGACAAUUAACAAAUUGCAAACUAUCUGCUGUAAUCUGGAAGUUGUGCUCUCAAUGAUCAAUUCUCGCAGCCUUCCACUUACAGAGUUUUCCACGAUCAUCGAUAAGCCCACUAACGUCGACCUUGAAAUAGUUCGUUCCGCCAAAAAUGUCAUUUUUAGCACAAGCGAUAAAGUAAUCGGUCUUGAGAAGCUUUCGAACAAAAGUGUUAGGUUCCGAGUUGAUGGUCUGCACACAAAUACAGUCGCAAAAAUUAUAAAAUAUUGGGUGCAAAAUGGAAAAGAAGUUGGGACGGAGUUUACGAUAUCUUAUUCCACGAAUUUGGAUCUCAGUUUAGUGGUGGCUAAUUUGCAAGAACAGUUCCACAAAACUCGAGGAUAUUCGGAGGCAAUCAAUGAACAUUCUCGCUCCGGCUUCUGCAUUCAAUUGAGUUCUACCUCAAAGCUUAUUGUCCAUGGGAUGGAGAAACUAGAGGUCAAUGGGCAUGAUGUAUACAACUUGGUCUUGAAAAUUGUGUUAUCUCAUUAA